AUGCCCGCAGUGCUCCUCGUGCUGCGUGCGCUGCUGGUCCGGCUGCUGGGGAGCAGGUUGGCGGCGGCGGCGGCUCGGUUGCUGCGCGGGGGCCUGUCGCUGGCGGCCGCGCGGCUGGGCGCGCUGCUGAGGCACGUCUGGGAGCGCGUGCGCUCCAGGGAGGCCCGCGAGGCCGUGCUGUCCUGCGUGCUCUGCCUGCUCAACCUGCACAAGAAGGCCGACAACUGA